AGGAAGCUACUGAAGGUCGUCAGUAAAGUGGGGAACUAUGGAGUCACUAUCUAAUCAUCGUCCUGUGGACUUCUAUUAUGUCUUCCUUUAAUUCAGUCUCCGAGCAGUGUGCGCGAAGGGAGUUUGUGUCGCUUUAGCGAAGUUUGUGUGCGCGCAGUUUAGUGCAGCAUUUCUUUAUCCUUCCCGCUCUAUGUUAAUGAACAACUGAAUUACAAAAUGGCCGCUGAUUCGGGAAUGGAGACGUGUCCGUCACCAGAGAUCGCCGAUUCCAGAAAAAGGCCUCUUGACAGUGAUGCAGAGAAUGGAGACACAAAGCGGUCGCAUUUUAGCUCAGAUGGAGGAUCUGAUGAGGGAAACGGAAUGACAGGUGGCGAUGGAACAUUUCACUUUAAAGUGUUGGUACCCAGUAUCGCCGCAGGUGCGAUUAUUGGUAAAGGCGGGGAGACAAUCGCGCAGUUACAAAAAGAGACUGGGGCUCGAGUGAAGAUGUCAAAAUCGCACGAUUUUUACCCAGGGACGACAGAGAGAGUGUGCUUAAUUACGGGAAGUGUGGAUGCCAUAAUAUCUGUUUUGGAAUUUAUAAUGGAGAAAAUUCGAGAGAAACCCGAUUUGACUAAAAGCGCGGUGGAUUCUGAUAAUAAAUUAAUGCAAGAGAGAGAUAAGCAAGUGAAAAUUUUAGUACCUAAUUCGACGGCUGGUAUGAUCAUUGGUAAGGCGGGUAAUUACAUUAAGCAAAUAAAAGAGACGAGCGGUUCUUACGUACAAAUAUCUCAAAAAGCGAAAGAUGUGAGUCUCCAAGAAAGAUGCAUAACUGUGAUAGGUGAGAAAGAACAGAAUAAACAGGCAUGUUUAAUGAUAAUAGGAAAAAUAGUGGAGGAUCCACAAAGUGGGACCUGUCUGAAUGUGUCAUAUGCCGACAUCAGUGGACCCGUAGCAAAUUUCAAUCCUACCGGAUCCCCUUUUGCUCAGCAGCAGGCAAGCAAUGCCUUCAAUGCGUCCACUGCUAGUCUCAAUAGCGGUCUCGGUACAGUCUCUCAAGGCAUAAUGCUUAAUGGAGGACUCAAUCUCAGUCUUAACCUCACGACCCCAGGCCAAAAUAUUACAACCAUAACAGCACAACUGUUAGAUCAUAUAAAGAUGCAAUUGAGGAAUUCAGGAUUUUCUGAUACUCAGGUAGCAGAAAUAUGUGCAGCAGUGACAGUGUUGGCGAAGUAUGGCAUUAUUGCCGUGGGGCUGGGCAUAGGGAGCGCACAUCCCGGGGCCCUUCCCGUUUCCAAUUAUCUUAAUAUGAUGGAUCAAACCGGUGCGGCAAAUGCCAGUACUGGCGUGUUUGGGCCCAUAGGUCAAGUUAGUUUAGGCGAUUGCAUAGGUGCCAAUUCCCCCACUCCGAGAACUAAUCUGGAAAGAUACGAUUCUGCGUUCGAUCCCUUCCGCCAUCAGAAUUCAGCGGCUACUGCUCCGAUUUCAUUAAAUAAUAACAGUUUCGGUCUAGGUACGGGACAACAGAUGGCUGUGCUUAGCAAGAGUCCCACUCCGGCGGAACUGAAUGCCCCUAAAGAUACUAAAAAUGUGGAAAUAGCGGAGGUCAUCGUGGGUGCGAUCCUGGGACCAGGCGGGAGGUCUUUAGUAGAGAUUCAGCAAAUUAGUGGAGCUAACAUUCAGAUAUCUAAGAAGGGUAUCUUUGCCCCUGGUACGAGGAACCGAAUAGUAACCAUAACAGGGAAUCCCCAUUCUAUUACUACGGCACAAUAUUUAAUCGAACAACGCAUUAGCGAGGAAGAGCUGAAGAGAGCACGAAAUAACGGCCUGGGUACAUUGACAAUGCAGUGAUUAAAUUGCUUGAUAUCAACAUUCAUCGAAGAAGGGUACAUAGCGACACUGUUGAUAUUCAAUUAUUUUUAACUUGAUGAUAAAAUAAGUUGUUGGUAAAGUUAAACUUUUAAAUAUUAAUAUUACAUUAAGCAUAGAACUACAAAUAUUUUAAUUUUUUAAUGUAUACUUGUGAUGUUACCACAUUAACUAAUGGGAGGCUUUGUCAAUAUUUUACGUAACGUUUGUUUCGACAGUUGAAAAAUUAAUAGUCAGAGGUCUCCUAUUAACAUUUAUUUUUUAACUGCGUAUAUUUCUGCAGUAUAAAAUUGUUUAGUAUCUUAAUGUGAUUAUUUGGAUUUAUGUAAUAUAUGUAUAAUAUAUAUGGCUAUAUUUUUUUAAUAAUUGUUUUGUAAGACGCGAGUCUUGAGUAAUAGACAACGGAAGAGUUUCAGUUAUUACACAAGAUUUCUUUGUCGAUGUAUGUAGUAGAUAUAUUUCUUUAUAUAAUAUAUAAAAUAAUUUUUCUUCCAGGUAAAUUUUUAAUCAAUGAUCUGAUACUAGAUACCUACAAUUAAAAAAUCAACUGAAAAUUGUGAUGCAAAUCAUCCGUUCAUCCAUCAUUAUGAAUUCUGUUUGUUAUAUCAUUAUCUAAGCAUUUUUAAAUAUAACGUAUUUAAUUAUAAUGUUACGUCACAUUAAUAAUAUGAUAUGUAUGUGAUGAAUUAUUAAUGUCAUUGAUGUUUUUAUUUCAGAAUGGAAAUAUUUGAGUGAUAAGUUUGAUAAGAAAUGACUAUGAAAUUUUCUGUCUGCUAUGGGACGGAACGCGUAUAUUUCUAUGUUAAAGUUUAUUACGCAGGGUUGUUACCUAUACGUAUCCGUACUGCAAAUAAUUCGGAAAAAGUUUCCAUCUAGGCCGUCUUUGGUACAUUUGUAUAGAUUCUUAGCCAAGUUUAUUUUUUUAGAGCUAUAAAUAUUCUGUAAUUUUUAAAAAAUUUAUCAAUAUACGAAGCAUUCCAUUAUUUUAAAAUUUUUUGCGGUUCCUUGUUAAUUCAUUUUUGGGGGAAACUUCAAAAGCUAAUUGGAACUCGAAAAUUUCCCCGUUUGAAGUAGAAUCGAUGCGGUUGAAUAAUUUUUCGGUUGGUUAUCAAACCGUCAUUUUAAUUUUGCGUUUCGAGAGACCUAUCGCUUUCUUCUUCAUAUGAAAUUCUUCCUUUGUGCACUGUUUCAUGGUUCUAGGAGAAAAGUUCCCGUGAAUUUAUGCUUCAAAAGGCUUAAGUUUUCGAUAUACAGGAUAUAAAGUUUUUGAAAAACAUCAGACCACAAAUCUUUUCAAAAUAUUUGUAAAAGAAGUCGUUCUUAACAUAUAUAUUUUCUUUUUGUUCAAAUGUUAUUUUCACUAAUUUGAUUCCGUAUUCCAUGUCCAAUGGGAUUGAGGUUGGGGUUCUAUGCCGGCAGGAUUUAGCCCAACUUCCAAAAAAAUAAUUUCGAACCACCUGAGAAGUGUUAGGUCAUGAGAUAAGGAGCAAAUGGUACAGCCAAAGGACUUACAGUCUGUGUGCGGCGAUUUAUAUUCUGAAAUUAUAAAGUUUCGUAUAGUGGAGAUGGCUGUUAUAUGACGUGUACGUGCUACAUUUUUCUCCGCAUAUUGGUAUAGAGCUUGAUUGAGGGUGAUACUGGCUCUUUCGAAAAAUUCCCCAAAGGUUUAUCAACUGUGAACCACAGUUAGUCUCCAGUUUCAGAAAUUCUUCUGGAAAGUGGUAUGUCUCUCAAAACGUCGAAAAGCUUGAACUUACGACGACUCAACCGGUUCAGAAAUUAUUUGACCAGUGACAACGAUCUCAGAAGCCUGCAGACGAAGCAAAAAUUAUUGCGUGUUUCCGCAGUGUUUUUGUAGUGUCUUCAUCGAUUUCGUUAAAUUCCACAGGUAAUUUUCUGAAUGUAAACAAUUCAAGCAUUAUAAUAAAAAAAAUUAUACAUAAUUGCUAUUUUUCCAUCGUAUGCAAAGGUGGGGCGUUGUAAAGUAGUGUUGGUACCAACUGUUGUUGGGUACGAGUUAGUAGAAAGUAGUUUGAAAAAGUAAAAGCACAGCAGAAAAUUUCUCAGUUUUUUUUCAAUCAUCUCAGGUUAAAUUUAGUGAUGGAGGGUUAACCCCAUUUAAGUUUAUAAAACUGUGAUUGGUAAUAAUAUUAAGAAAUUGGUAUGUUUUCAAGUGAAUUAAGUACCUGCAGUAAAACCUCAAAUUUAAAAUAUUUGGCUGGCCAAAUACUUACGACACUACAGUAGGUAUUAUAUAUUAUAUAACUGUUACCAAUCAUAACAUAUUAUAUAUAUAUAGAAUAUUCCAUUAUAAAACAUAACACUGUAAAUAGUCAUAGUAAUAUAGUCAUCUAUAGUCAUUUUAAACUAAUUUUAAAAGUUUAAAAAUCUUAUGUGUAUGUAUAUAUAUAUAUAUAUGUAUACCGGGUGCGUGACUCAACGUUGCCACUUUCGUUUCGAUAGAAAACAAAAGAUGAACUUUAAAUCAUUUCCUAGUCACGGGGGUUUCACUUGGCAUAAAAAUAUUUUCAUUUUUAUAGAUGUGAAAGAAAUAUAAAGAAUGUCUGAUAAACAGUUGAUUUUAUGGGGCAUAUUAAUAGGGGGCAACAAAUUAUUCGUAUCAUCCAUCUUGAGCGCCAUCUGUGACUGACGAUAAGAAAAAAAUAGCUAUGCCAAGUUGAACCCUUUACUGCCUUUUGCUUAUGGCUAGCAUCAAUUUAAAAAAUCAACGUUUUUAAUAACAUUUUUACACGAUCAAACAUGAAUUCCUGGAAAAAUAGAUUUUGCACUUUCAAUCAAAAUGUAGCCAGAAUUUAUCAAAUAAUUGUUGAAAAUUUGAGCCGGUCCUAUUCUUCAAUUUAACAGCAAUUUUAUACACAACACAUCAAAAUUUAAUUUAUUGGCAAUUAUAAAUAUGUGAAAAAAUUGUAAAAAAUAGUGAAUUGGGCGUUUACAUAAAAAAAUGUAGUGUUUUCUCACUGCACAAGCAAUUUCACUAUUACCUUCUUAUACAGGGUGUUUCAGGAUUAUAUGCAAAAAUUUUAAAUACGAAUUGGGAAUCGGACAAUAAGAAAAAAAGUUUCUAUGGACGUAUGUCCGGAAAGAUUCGUUAAGGAGUUACGACGAAAUUGGCGGCCGAGUUUUAAAUUUUUUUCUCAAAUUUGAAAACAAGAUAAAAUCCUGAAUUUAUAUCUAUUGAGACCUACUACCUGAUUGUAAUAAAGAAUUAUAAUAAAUUGAACUUAUUUCAUGUUACGUCUUACAUUCUUAUUAUUUAGAUAAUAGGCACCCAGUUAGGUUAGUCGCUGAAAUACAAACAAAAAUUUUAUUUUAUUUUUUUACUCAAAAACUACUUAUUUCAUGAUAAAGAUGAAAAAGUUUCUAAAUUAAUCUGUCUCUCCAAAAGAUGUAUUGCAACAAUUGAAAUCCUAAUGAGUCGAAUGUUUUCAUGAAAAAUAUACAGGGUGUUGUUGAUUUCACCCGUUCCAAAUAAGAUUAUUUUAACGAAAAAAUACUGGUUAGAUGGGCCUGGAUCAGUAUAACAUCUGUACCAAAAUGUUUUCAAAUUUGAGAAAAAAAUUUAAAACUCGAUUUUGACCUCCAUUUUUAAACGACGGUAACUCCUUAACGAAUCUUUUCCGGACAUACGUCCAUAGGAACUUUUUUUCUUAUUUUCCGAUUCCCAAUUCGUAUUUAAAAUUUUUGCAUAUAAUCCUGAAACACCCUGUAUAACUUUUUAUUCGAAUUAUUAAAUAAAUAAAGUGAUAUUUUAGUUGAGCUGGGAAUAAAACCCAUUAAACGUGAUUUAAACUGGUCGCAGAUCUUUCGACUACACACCAACACCGUUUUGCCACCAACAUACCUUAAUAGAUAAGUAAAAAUUAUAAUACAAUAAAACACUACACACACCUUUCGGUAUUGUUUCCUUAUCAAUAAUACCUGUCCCGUUUUUGUAAUAAAACAAAAAGUAGAAGAGUAGAUAUUUCUAAUCGGUGUAGAAGGUAGUGCAACAAAUAACCUCAUUAUUAAAAUUGUUGGUUUUAAACAAAUAUUCAUAUUUGGGCCUAUUGAGUAAUUACAAUUUAAAAAUUUAACUCUAAUAAAUACACUUGCAAUAUUUUCCUUAAAUUUGUCAACCUAGUGAAUAAAUUUGAUUUUCGUUGAUUGUGCAAAACUGCUAUAAAAGGAAAUACCGGUGGAAAUGUUAAGUGGCUCACCCUGUGUAUAGUUGUUAUCGCAUGUUGUUGAUAUUGUUAAUGUUUGGACUUGCCAUCAAAUAGUUUAAAAAAUAGUUGUUAAAAAUAUGUUCGUCAGUUUGAGUUGCCUCCUUGAUUAUAUGUAUAUUAGAAAAUUUGGGAAAAUUUGUUAGAAAUACCACCGAUGCGUAUAAACCACUCAAAUCAGCAAACUAAUAAAUGUCCUCUUAAGUUUUUUA